AUGAAAAUAGCUGUUGGGGCUGCAAAAGGAUUAGAAUACCUUCAUGAUAAAGAAAAUCCUCCUGUCAUCUAUAGAGACUUCAAGUCAUCUAACAUAUUACUUGAUGAAGGAUACCACCCAAAACUUUCUGACUUUGGUCUUGCGAAGCUUGGUCCUGUUGGUGACAAAUCACAUGUUUCUACCCGCGUCAAGGGAACUUAUGGUUACUGUGCUCCUGAGCAUUGGACAGCUGACUGUGAAGAAAGUCCACUUUUUAACGACCGAAGGAAGUUUCCAAAGUUGGCUGAUCCCAGACUGCAGGGGAGGUCAUUACCAGGCUCUUGCCGUGGCAUCAUUGUGCAUUCAAGAAUCAGCUGCAACGCGUCCUCUGAUUGGAGAUGUGGUGACAGCCCUCUCUUAUCUGGCCAACCAGGCAUAUGA